GAAUUACUGCACGGCAUAUUAUUCGAAAGAAAAUGUAAAUGGCCGUAAUUCAAGAUUUCAAAUAGUCACUUCUGCCGUGGAUUUUAAAUUUACGCGCCGAAAUAGUUUCCCAUCUUUUUUGUCUAUUUUGAAUGAGCGAGCGACCGGCUGAUUCAAAACAUCGCAGAUUGCACCACGGCCGUCUACGUCAAAACGAAAUCUUACAAAACUUCGGGAAGACCUCGAUUUUUAGAGAAAAUUUUAGACUGUUACAGCCAAAUGACGUCUAAUCGGCCAGGAAAGCGUCCAUCUGAUGCCGGAGAAAAUCUGUCAUCAGUUAAAAAGAGCCAUCAAGAAUGUCAAUUUGGCCUGAAAUGUUACAGAAAAAACCCAAAUCACUUUGUCGAGUUUGAUCAUUCACACUUAAAUGAAAUAGUUCUUAGAUGGCACGAUGAAAAGACUCUCCCACCAGACCUCGAUGUAGAAUUAAAGAGAACUGCUCCUAGCAUUGUGCUAGAGCAAUUGAAAAUUGUUAGAAAACUUAGAUGUACUGCAGCCUCUAAAGAUGACAGCUUAAAACCUAGUUUAGUUUCGCAAAAUGCUACUAAUGAUUGCAAACCACAACAGAGCCGUACAUCUGCUAAUGAUGUUUCCACUGGGCACUCGAGUAAAAUGAGUGAGGACUCUUCCAAAGGAAAGGAAGGAUCUGGAAACAACAGUUCUGCCAUGGCGAAAAUGAUGCAAGAGGCAACAAAGCAUCAUGGAGAUGUUCAGGCUAAGCUUGAUGCCUCUGCCCCUUACUUCUUCUUUCUUACUGCUAUAGCAGAUUCAAGUGCAACUCAUAAAGAACCAUUAACAAUAACUUUUACAGAGCUGUUGGACCCAGGUUUUGGAGAAUUGCAGUCUUCUUUACAAAUUAAUUUCAUGGUUGAGCUUGGAUGGCUUCUAGCUCAGUAUUUUUACACUGGGAACAGGUUUAAACCAUUGACACUGCUGUAUGGAGUGGAGGAUGAUGAUUUAAAGGAGGGAAAGAAAUUGCCAAGUAACGUGACAGCUGUAAAAGUCAAGCCUCCCACUGCAUUUGGGCAUCACCACACGAAAAUGUCUGUGCUAGCCUACAAAGACAAUAGCAUCAGAGUCAUAGUCUCCACUGCAAAUCUUGUUGCAUCUGAUUGGGAGAACCGAACUCAAGGGUUAUGGGUUAGUCCAAAGUUGCCUCCUCUACCUCCUGGUGCUGAUACAUUGGCAGGAGAGUCACCCACUCAAUUUAAGGCCGACCUUUUGCGUUAUCUCAGUGCCUAUCGUUUGCCUCAGCUUCAAGAAUGGAUUGGCCGGAUUCAUCGCACAGAUUUUACAUCUGUUCGAGUCUUUUUAGUUGCGUCAGUACCUGGAACACAUUUUGGGCCAGACUUUCAUUUGUGGGGCCAUAGUCGCCUCAGCUCAUUACUAAAAAGCUAUGUAACUGAUCCAAAACAACCUCAAGUACCGUGGAGCAAGUGGCCAAUAGUAGGUCAAUUCUCUUCUAUUGGUUCACUGGGACCAGAUCCUAACUCAUGGGUUUGUGGUGAAUUGAGAGCUAGUAUGAGUGCCCCCUCAAAACCUUUAGAAGGACCCUCAAUAAAAUUGAUAUACCCAACUUUGGACAAUGUUAAGGAAAGCCAUGAUGGUUUACUUGGAGGAGCAUGUUUGCCCUACCAAAAAAAAGUUCAUGAGAAGCAGCUUUGGUUAACAAAUUAUUUACAUCAGUGGCAGAGUAAUUGCCGGUUUAGGACUCGUGCCAUGCCACAUAUCAAGUCUUAUGCAAGAGUAUCCCCAUGCAAUUCUUACCUUUCUUGGUUUUUACUGACAUCUGCAAAUUUGUCGAAAGCAGCGUGGGGAACUGAAACGAAAACUACUUUGCCUGGCCGGGGCUUACGUAUUUUGUCUUAUGAAGCAGGCGUGCUUUUUCUUCCAAAGCUCCUUGUUGAGGACAAUGUAUUCAAUUUAGAAAACACCAAUAUUUUAAAGGAAGCAAAGAGCAAGUGUGGCACUGGAAAAAGUGAAACCUAUGCACCUUUUCCACUGCAUUAUGACCUUCCAUUACGAUCGUACAAAUCAGGAGAUUCUCCAUUUUUCUAUGAUAUUUUUAAAGAAUCUUGAAGCCUGUAAAUUUACGUCACAAUAGUGUGAAGAAUAUAAUUGCUGUUAAUGAACUAUGAUCUAAUCUUCUGAUUUUUAACUGAUGAAUUAUCUAUCUAAUUUGCUUUGCAGCUGUGCAAUUGCAAUUUCUUGUCUACUAUAGCAUUCUGUGAUAUUAUAUCUUGCCUGAGGCUAUCUAUAGGAUACAACUUUUUACACUUCUAUUGAUUUCCACAUUCCUAUUCAAUAAACAUGUCAAAUCUCAUGGAAGAAAAAUAUUUUUAAUUGUUUCCUUUCUUUACAACUAAUGGAGGCAUCCAAUUUAAACCCAAAUUCAGAGAUGUUACAAUCGCGUUAAUGGGAUUUCAUUGUCAUCAAGGUCCCAUGUCAACAUGUGUUGACCACAUUCAUUCAUCAACACAGCAACUUGACAAGGGAACUUCCCUCCCUACCUUGUCUGAAUUUAGUAAAAUAUAAAAUAUAAAAA